GAGGCUGGAGCUGUGCGUGAUGGGUAUCUUUUGGGUGACAGUGGAUAUCCUCAAGCGGUGGCUGCUCACCCCGUUCAACAACCCGCAGAGCGCAGAGGAGCGAAAUUACAACACUCGCCACAGCCAGGCACGAGCUGUGGUAGAGCGCUCAAUAGGCCUGCUAAAGGGCAGGUGGCGCUGCCUCGAUGCCACAGGAGGAAAGCUUUGCUAUAAACCGGACAAGGUGUGCCAAAUUGUGAGGGCGUGUGCUGUGCUGCACAAUUUGGCACUCCUUAAAAAUGUGCCGUUACCCCCUGAGGCUGCAUGUACCGGCCACGAGCCAGACCCCCUUCCCCAUGCACAUCCACACCCACACCCAGGUGGAGUUCAACAGCGUCUGGAUGUGAUGCGUAACUUACACACACAACAAGGACUGCAUCUGUGAGGACACGGCCGCUGCUGGAGGGCUGCGCAGGAGGUGCUGUGGAGACGCCGGGCCCGGAGCUCGAGGCAUGAGGUGCCGUGCCCGUGGAGGCAGGAGGUGCCGUGCCCGUGGAGGCAGCGGGGCUCGAGGCACGAGGUUCCUCGCGAGGUCCUCCUACCCUGGUGGAACCAGCAUCUUGUUAAUUCUUUUUUCUUAAUAAAGUUAUGAUUUGUUUUUCGAAAUACA